AUGUCAGCAUUACGGGUGCUCGUGGCCAGUUUGGUGUCGUGUCUCACGAUCACGUACAUCAUCGGCGGGAACUCCCAGACUUGGCCAUCGGAUGCUGCUGCUGCUACUGCGAUUGCAUCGUCCGACUUCCUCUUCUCCGUCGACGUUGUGCUCGACGAAUCCGCCGUUGCUGUACCUCUCGGUAUCCGGGAUGGUCAGACAGUUGCCGAGGCUGCAUUGGGGUUCUGCCACGAGCAAGGGUUGGAUGGAGCAAUGCAAUCUGCUCUAAUGCCACAGCUGAUGAAGGUUUUGGAGGACGGGAUAACGGAGGUAGUCGGCCCACCUUUUCCUGUUGGGGACGAGGCAUCAAUUCCUUCUUCGGAUGCGGAACGCGUGGCCUCUGACGCCCAAAGAGAUGUCCCGGACGAUUCGAAGCUUGCCGACCCUGUUCUUACCCUGGGAAUUUCCAUUGAUGGGAACGAGGAGCGCCCGCUUUUCUACUACACCGGCCAGGGUCUGUUGAUGACUGUGCCGCUCAACGUCAACGGGGUGGAGACGGUGCUGCAGAUUUUCCGAGAUUCCAACGCCAAGGAUUUGGCGAGCGAUUUCUGCCGUCGGGAAGAGUUUGGUCUUGAAGGGUCGUUCUUGGAAAGCUGUUCUUCUCAGAUGGUGGAUAUCGUGCACCGCGCGGUGGCGACUUACGAGAGACAAGACGACCAAAGCGGAGAACCACCGGAGCGAACACCGUUUACGUUUAAAGUUCCCGUAACUCUCGCGGGACUUCAACUUCAUGCCGAGUUCAAGACCACCGAGACGCCUCGCACAUCGGCUAGGCGAUUCUGCACCCCUAACCUACCGGUGAUCGAGUCCGCUCUGGGACUCGACGCCUACGAGGGGGAGGACGAGGGGAGGGGCGAGGAAGAGUCUACGGGGGUCGGGUUCUUUCUGUCGGAGGGACGGAAGAGCCUGAGAGAAGCGUGCACGGUGGUGGUGGAGGACGCGAUCAACGCCGUGCUGCUGGGGAUGCGCGAGAGGGUGCUAGAGGCGGAGCUGACCCAGGCGAAUUCCACCUACUCCUCCAGCUAUGACGACAGCAGUGAUGGGUGGCCCCAGGAGGGAAGCGCAAGAGGGGCGUGGGCAGCUUCCCAGAUUGCGGCAGAUACAACGGCAUAG